AGGAAUUAAAAAUAAUUCAAAUGGUUUAAAAAUUCAAUCGACAAUCUUAUAAAAUUCACUUAAUCGAUGACAUUAUAAAUGUGCAGUCCAGUCAGCCAGAAUAAAAGUGCGUGACAAUAGUGUCUUUUGAUGAAGAAACUAUUGAAAAUCGAAAAUCUUGGUGGCGCCGGUGGAACGAGAAUAGCAUGGCAAAAAGGAAGUGGUACUUAUCUUGCUGUAACAGGAUCAGAUCAGUUUAUUGGAAUUUACAAUCGUAAUGGAAAAUUGGUGGAAAAAAUCAAAAUUUCAGGAAAAUGUACUAGUUUAGCAUGGGAUCGCGAUGGUGAUUUAUUAGGAAUUCUAUGUGAUGGUUCAUCUACUUUAAUGCUAUGGGAAGCUAAUUCCUCGAAAAUUGAACAAAUUAAUCCUGUCUUUAAAGACAGUCUUACAUGUAUAAUUUGGUCAAAAAUCAGUCAAACUGUUGCUAUUACUUCAGCCAAAGGAAACCUAACAAUUUAUGACUAUCGUACUUCUAAACGAACACCAGUGUUAGGUAAGCAUACAAGAAGUAUUACAUGUGGUGAAUGGAAUAGAGACAAUAUCCUAGCUUUAGGAUCCCUGGAUCAAACAGUAUCUAUAAGCAAUAUUGAUGGUGAUACAUUAAAAAUUAUAUCACUUAGAGGAGAACCUUCAAAAAUUACAUUCUCAAAAAUGAAGUCGGAUCGUAGAAAGCACUCUGAAGAAACCGUAAGCGUUUUAGUAAGCAAUAAAACAUUAUACCUUAUUGAUUUGCAAGACACUGAUAAUCCAUAUGAACUAGCUUUUAAUUUAAAAUAUGGGUCAAUAAUUACUUACCAUUGGUAUGGAGAUGGUUAUAUUUUAAUCGGUUUCAGUGAAGGUUAUUUGAUAUCUAUAUCGACUCAUCCUAAAGAAGUAGGUAAAGAACUCUUUCAAGUAAGAAAUCAUAAAGAAAUACUAUCUGAUGUUGGUUUAUCUAAAACUGCUGGAAAAGUAGCUACAUGUGGUGAAUAUACAAUUAAAGUACAUGAAAUUGGAAAAUUGCAAGAAACUACAGCUGUAUUAAAUGUUGACGAAGGUAGUGUUCUUGAUCAUAUUUCAUGGAGUGAAGAUGGGCGAUUAAUGGCUGCUACUACGUCAGAUGAUUGUGUUCAUAUUUAUUUAGAGGCCUUACCUAUGGUAUCAUCAGCAUAUAACAACUAUGUUGCAUUUUUAACUUCUUUGAAUCAAGUUACAGUACAUUACUGUCAUUCGGACAAAAACCAACCACCUGAUAUGGUCUCUAUUACUACAGAAAUGGAACCAAGCUUUUUAGGCCUUGGUCCUAAUCAUUUAGCAGUUGGCAUGAAUAACAGAAUUUGGUUUUACAAAAUUAACUCGUCUGAUUCAACUAAAUUAUCAAUGUCAUUACUUGGUGACCAGGAAUAUUUAGGUAGCAUAAAAAAUGUUUGCAUAAAUAGUGAAUUUAUAUCAGUUUUGUUUGAAGGAAGAAUCCAAAUCCAUACGAUUGAAUCAAUUGUUUCAAAGACAGUCAAUGAUGGUGUAUCAAAAAUAUUUCCUACCGAUAAAGGAAAAAACAUCAACAGUCAGUAUUUAACUAAUGAGUUUCUCAUCUAUAGCACUGAGGUAGGUAUUAUUCACUAUUUUCAUCUAGAAGACUGGAAUGAAGCUUUCACUUAUAAACAUCACUGUGGUAUUGUCAAUUUAUAUCCUAAUCAAGAAGGUAUAAGAUGUGUGUUAGUUGAUACAAAAAAUAAAGCUUAUUUAUACACCCCAGUUUCUGAAGAAAUUAUCCCUAUUAAAGAUUUUCCAACUUCGGCUUGUUCAGUAAUGUGGGAACUUUGGCCAUCUGAAAAGCAUGUGUUUAUUGCAUGUAGUGAUAAAUUAUGUUUAACAUUUGUGUAUGUAAGAGAUUCAAUCAAUGGUAGUGAAAUCCAUUACAUUGGUUCCACCAAAUUACCUGAACGUCAAAUUCCAUUGUUUUUGUUCCACGGUGAUUUAACACUGGAAACAUCCAAUGGAAAAUUAAACACUAUAAUAUUAUCAACCCACACACCAAUAUUAAUACGGCCAGCAGCGACCACACUUAGUCACCCAACAGAGAGAUUAGAACAAGACUUGGACAAACAAUUAGCUCUUAUUAGGAUUAGUGAUGCAUGGAAGACUUGUCAGUUAUUAAACAAAAAAGAAUAUUGGGAGAAAUUGGGUGAAAGCUGUUUAAAUUAUUUUGAUAUAGAAACAGCUCUUCAAGUAUAUACUUAUCUGGGUGAUGUUUCAAUGGUAUGGUCAUUAGAAUUAAUAAAAGAUAUAGAAGACAAAAACUUGUUUGCUGGUUAUUUAGCUAUGUAUAUGAAAGAAUUUGAUAAAGCUCAAAAAUUGUUCUUAGAAUCGUCUAAUCCAAUUCAAGCCUUAGAAAUGAGACAAGACCUAUUGCAAUGGGAUGUUGCAUUAGAUCUUGCCAAAACCCUUGCUCCCGAACGAAUGCCUUACAUUUCUUGUAAAUACGGCCAACAGUUCGAACUUAUUGGUAAAUCUGAUGAGGCAAUAUUACAAUAUGAACAAGGCCUUAACUCAGAUACAGAUACUGAUAAUUUCAGAUAUUGUCGUGAAGGGAUAGCCAGAUGUUUGAUAAAAUGUGGAAAUACUAAAAAAGGCAUAGAUAUAGCAUUAGAUAUUGGGUCAAAAAAAUUAUUGAAUGAAUGUGCUGAACUACUAGAAAAUACUAAAAAAUUAGGUGACGCAGCAGAUUUAUAUGAAAAGGUUGAGAAUUGGGACCAAGCAGCUUCAUGCUAUAUUCGCUUAAAAAAUUGGUCAAAAGUUGGUGAAUAUGCAACAUACAUUACAUCAACAAAAAUCCAUGCUCAGUAUGCUAAGGCUAUGGAAGCUAUGGGAAAUUAUAAGCAAGCAUUAUAUGGUUAUAAUGCAGCUCAUGACUAUGAAAAUGUUAUUCGAAUAGAUUUAGAUAAGCUAGAUGAUCCACAAGAUGCUAUUGCAGUUGUGCAAGAACAUCGUAGUACUGAAGGUUCAAAAAUGAUUGCCAGAUAUUUUCAGAAAAACAAUGAAAUACUGUUGGCAAUUCGAUUUUUGACUAUGUCACAUUGCUUUACAGACGCUUUCAGAUUAGCUUGUGAUCAUGACCAUUUAGAAUUAUAUGGUGAUGUUUUGUUAGACGAAGAUGAAGAAGUUUCUGUUCCCGAGUUUGCCAGUCUAGCUAAAUAUUAUGAAAUGAAAAACAGUCCUGUUCUUGCUGGGAAAUAUUAUUUUUAUGCAAAAAACUACCAAAAAGCUGUUAUAAAUCUACUCGAAGGUAGUAAAGCUGAUCCAGAAAAUGAUGAAAUCUUGUCAUUAGCUAUUGAAGUAGUUGCUGCCGCUAAAAAAAACUCAAUCGAUGAUGAAUUUAUAAAAUUAUUGCUAGGUGAAGUUGAUGGCCACACAAGGAAUCCAAAAUUUUUGUUCAAACUCCACAUGGCCAGAAAUCGAUAUCUAGAGGCCGCAAAAGUUGCUAUAAUAUUAGCAAAUAAUGAACAAGUCAAAGGUAACUAUAGGCAGGCACAUGAUGUACUGUACAACACCAUUUGUGAAUUACGUAAUAAUCAGUUAAAAGUAAGCAACGAGAUGAUUGCUAAUUUAGCACUACUCCAUUCGUAUAUACUUGUACGAGUGUAUGUACGCCUAGACAAUCAUAGCAAAGCAGCUCCAUUAUUGAUCAGAAUUUCAGAAAAUAUUGAUAGAUUUCCCACACAUGCCGUGCAAAUUUUAACAUCAACUGUCAUUGAAUGUUACCGCUCCAACAUGAAGGAAAGUGCUUUUAAAUUUGCAACUAUUUUAAUGAAAUCUGAUUAUAGACAUCAGAUUGAUGAGAAAUAUCGAAAAAAAAUAGAAAGUGUCAUUAGAAAGUCUCCUAGAGUUGGUUCCCAAUCAAAUGAUAUUGUUACCAGAAUAGAACCAUGUCCGUAUUGUGGAUUUGACUUGCCAAUGACAAGUCUCACAUGCACUAGCUGUAAAAGUACUAUACCUUUUUGUAUAGCAUCUGGGUGGCACAUUACUAAGGAAAAUCUUACUUUCUGUCCAAAUUGUCGAUUUCCUGCAUUGUAUAAUGAAUUUGCUGGAUUAUUGGAGUCUGGUGAAAACUGUCCAAUGUGUUCAAAUCCAGUAAAAAUAGAUUAUUUACAAAUAGUUGUUGAUCCAAAGCCUUUCUUAUUUACCGAAGAACACGAUUGAAUAAUUAUUUUUAAGUUUACUAUGUGCACAAUUCCGUCCAAUUACAAUGGGAUAGAUCUCUCUAUGUACUAGACUUUUAAUAAAGUAUAAUAUACAUUUUACUUUUUAA